AAUUAAGAAAAGUAAAAAUGCGGAAAGAGGGUACACUCAUUAUAAGUUAAGGAAAAUAAAGAGACUAUAAUAAUCAUUGUAAUAAACUGAUAAUAAUAGAAGCGACGCCAAUGAUGAUCUUUUUCGUCUUCCUCUAAAGAAAUGAUAAACUACAAUUAUCAUUAACGAUUAUUUUUAAUCAUGAUUGUAACAACUAAUCAGUAGUAUAAAGGUUGAAUCUUUUUUGGUUUUGGUUUAAGCUAUUUGGAUAUGAAAUAUUAAUGUUCUUUUAACUAAAAUUUUUUUAAAAAAAUUAUGAAUAACAAUGGUGAAAGUACCAUGAUUUUAAAAUAAUUGUAACUACUAGAACAAUGAAGAAAAAAUAUUGGCCUUUUCCUUUUAGUGUAAGGAUAAUCUGGAUCUAUAUGUGCAUUAAUCAAUUAUAUCAUUAAGUUUUCAUGUUUUGUCUGAUUAUUUUGUAUUGUAGCUGUUAAUUGGAACUUGAAAAUACAUAAAACAAUGCCCUUCUCUACACCACACUAAUCCAAACGCUCUACUGAGGUAGAAACAGUUAGUAAAAAGCCGUGAUUCAGUGAUUGGGGAUGGAUUCAAUGGAGAGAAUGAUUGCUAGUGAGGUUGGAUUACUACCAAACAUAAUAACCGCACGUGUCUAGCUGUCUUAGCCUUAAUUAAUCUCACUAUGUUUUCCCUUUCUUUAACUUUCUCCUUUUCAGCCCCUUACUCUUACAAUGGGUCGAUUUUUUAAUGAGAAUGAAUCAUCAUUUACAUCCUUUUGUUUUUGCCUUUUUAAUCCGGCCAGGCGGCCACAAUAGAUGGCAGCGGAAAGGAAGCUGAUCACCAAUCUACAUAAACUGUAUAGUUUCCAUUUCUUUUUCUUUUGGUUGGUGAUACAUAUCAUAUCUAUAAAUCGCUUUUGGCUAUAGAAUAUUGGGUCAUCUCUAGUCUAUAAAUAACGCUUUGAGUGUGUGACAAGAGAACACCUUUUACAUCAGAAGCAUAUUGCGAGUAUGCAUGGGCGAAUGACGAAUGAGUCAUUUGAUUUUGGAACUUAAUGGGUUAAAACUUAAAUGAACAUAGCUUAAUUACGCCUAGAUAUAUACUUGCAUGAAUUGACGAAACCCAAAAGCAACAUGAUGUAAAUCUUCUUUCACUUUAGUGAUAUUCAGUUUAGCAACAAAAAAAAGUGACCAAGACGGGAGUCUAAGAUAAUCAAGAUAACAUGCAGCAAUGCCUGUCCCUGCCAUAAGGCAAGUAAAACAUCUGCUUUAGGCCACAAUAAAUAGAGGAAAAAUUAAGGCUACAUAUCACUAAUUAUUAGAUAGGUCAAAUGGUUAACAAGUUUGAACUUAGGAUACCAUAGUUCGAUCUUCCUUUUGUCCAAUAUAGUUUUAUUUUAACCAUUUGAUUACUUUUUACACUUUUUACUGGUUUGGUGUUAGUGUACUACUAUAUAUUGUUGGUAUUUAUAUAAUAGGCCACACAAUUUAUUUUUUGUGCUUUAGGCCACUCCAAAUUGUGGGACGGCACUGCAUGCAGCCAUGCAGAUACCGAUCAAGAAAACGAUUCAAAUUUCCAACCAAAGUUAAGCAAAUUAAAUAAUUAGUCAGAUAAAUGUAAUAUCUAUAUAUAUAUAUAUAAUUUACAUUUACUAAUAUAAUUUAUAUAUGUAUAUUUAACGUAUAUAUAGAUACACAUACAUACAUUUAUAAGUAUAUAUUCCAAGCUUUUGGACUUGACUACCUUAAGCCAAGAAACUAUCCCAAAGAAUGCUUGCGUGAAAGCAUCAGGAAAGGAAUAACACUAACUUUUUCCUAAUUCCAAAACAAGGAAUCUUAUUUGAAAAUACACAAAGUUAACUUGUUCUGCGUUUCAAAGUACUUGAAAUAACUAUUAUAAUUUGAGAUAUAGACUCUCCAUGCAAGUUAUUCUAUCUUUCUCCCUUAAAAAGACCUUCUCACAUCAGUAAUUCUCCGUAAUCUAACCACACCUGGACCACAAAAUAGUAUAUUUUUAUCGUUCAAUAUUUUCCAGUAAAUAUGCAAUCUCGUUUCUAUUUGUCACCAAGGAUCUUGUUACUCUUUCUAACACUUUUAUCAGGGACAAAAUGGUCGGACUCAGCUCGUGUAUUCACGAUCGUGAACUCAUGUAACCAAGUAGUCUGGCCGGCGAUAACGCCCGGAGAGAGCUUCAAUGGCGGAGGCUUCGAGCUCAAACCGGGCCAAUCCAUGGUAUUCAACGCACCAGUAGGCUGGUCAGGUCGAAUAUGGGGACGAACCGGCUGCAAUUUCGACAAAACCGGAACCGGAACUUGUGAAACCGGUUCAUGCGGCUCGACUCUAAAAUGCUCAGCCUCCGGAAAACCACCAGCGUCACUAGCUGAGUUCACGUUAGCUACAUUGGAUUUCUACGACGUGAGCCUGGUCGACGGAUUCAAUCUCCCUAUGUCGGUUACUCCACUGAACGGGAAAGGAAACUGCAGCGUCGCCGGUUGCGUCGCCGACCUGAGGCCAAAGUGUCCGCGGGAGCUUGCCGUGAAAUCUAACGGGAAGGUGAUUUCGUGUAGGAGCGCUUGUGAUGUGUUCGAUAAAGAUGAGUAUUGUUGCAGAGGAGUUUAUGGGAACCCUUCCACGUGUCGACCAACUUAUUACUCGAAGUUGUUCAAGGAAGCUUGCCCUACUUCUUACAGCUAUGCUUAUGAUGAUCCGACCAGUAUCUUCACUUGUUCCGGCACCGAUUACGUCAUCUCUUUCUGUUCCGCCAAGAAGAAGCCGGUGUGCACGUACCAUGAUAACAAGUUGGUAUGCAGCGAUGGUUCUGCAGGUUCUAGUGGAUUUAAGACGAUGAUUGGGGGACUGUGGCUUGUUCCGUUGUUGUCUCUUAUUGUUUUUUAGCUAAUAGUAUCCAACCUAAUUUCGUGAGUGAUCACGUUUUUAGAUAAACAAGUUUUUUUUUUCCUUCCUUUUUAAGAAAAUAUGUCAUUUGUUUAUUUGUUUCCGUGGGUUGAUAAAGCUAAUUUCAAUGUAAAUAUAAUGUUGAUUUGGGUGUGAAAAUAAAUAAAAAUAGCUACUAACUCUGAAUAAAAAAGAAUGUAAAAUAUUCAUUUCGUUCAUUCUGCAAAAUUGUAGUGGCAUACUUAUAUUUGAAUUUCUUUUUUUGUGUGUGUGGA